AUGGGCGACGACAAAUACUACACUUUGGCCGAAGGUUGCCCUUUUGCAAGCAACAGAACCGCUGUUCUGAUGCGGAAUAAACAGGGUGGCGGGCUUGGACUGCUUCAGGAUACUCAACUCAUUGAGACCUUAGCUCAUUUUUCUCGCGAGAGGAUCCCGGAACGAGUCGUUCAUGCCAAAGCUGUUGGAUCCUAUGGCGAGUUUGAAGCCACCCGCGAUUGCUCCGACUUUACCUGCGCCAGCUUCCUCAACAAGGUCGGAAAGAAAACGCCGGUGCUUCAGCGAGUGUCAACGGUCGGUCCUGAGUCAGGAUCUGCUGAUACUUCUCGCGAUGUGCACGGAUGGUCAAUGAAGCUCUACACUGACGAGGGAAAUCUCGACUGGGUUUUCAACAACACGCCUGUCUUUUUCAUUCGCGAUGCGAUCAAGUUCCCGUCAAUGAAUCGGUCCCACAAGCGGCACCCCCAAACCCAUCUCCCUGAUGCAAACAUGUUCUGGGAUUUCCACGUCGGCAACCCCGAAGGCAUACAUCAACUCAUGGUUCUAUUCAGCGACCGCGGCACUCCGAAAUCAGUUCGCUACAUGAAUUCAUACAGUGGACAUACAUAUAAGUUCACCAAGGCGGAUGGCUCGUUUAAAUAUGCGAAAAUUCACGUCAAAACUCAGCAAGGGAUACAAAAUUUCAGCCGCGAAGAAGCUACCAAAAUCGCCGGAGAGAACCCUGAUUAUAUGAUCCAGGACAUGUUUGAGGCCAUCGAGAGAGGCGACUAUCCUGUUUGGAAUGUCUACGUCCAAUUGAUGAGCCCCGAAGAGGCCGAGAAAUAUGAGACAAAUAUCUUCGAUAUGACCAAGGUUUGGCCGCACAAGGACUUCCCUCUGCAGCAGAUUGGCCGGCUUACUAUGAACCGCAAUCCGCGAAACUAUUUCGCAGACAUUGAGCAAGCUGCAUUUUCACCAUCGACGAUGGUACCGGGAUUUGCUGCGUCCGCUGAUCCAGUGCUACAAGCACGACUCUUCGCGUACCCCGACGCGGCCCGUUACCGACUGGGCGUGAACUACCAGCAACUCCCAACCAACGCAGCCAAGGCCCAAGUUUACUGUCCUUUCCAGAGGGAUGGAAGUAUGCGAUUGGACGACAACUAUGGCGGGGACCCUAAUUACGUCGGCUCCUGGAUCAAGCCCACUAAGUUCUAUCAAGACGUAAAAGGAACAAACCCUGGGGCAUUGAGCCUACACACCGAGCAUGAAAAGUGGGCGGGAGAGGUUUCCGCCUAUUCCAGCGAGAUCACUGACGCAGACUUCAUCCAGCCCGCAGCAUUGUGGGAGGUUAUUGGCCGGGAGCCUGGUCACCAAGAUAGGCUUGUUGACAAUCUCGUCUCCAGCGUGAAAAGCGUGAAGUACCCCGAAUUGCGCAAGGCUGUCUAUAACCUUUUUAGUCGUGUCAGUAAGGAUCUCGGGUCGAGGUUGCAAAAGCGCACCGAAACAGCAAUUAAGGCCGCGUGA